CCCUCUUCUCGGCCCUGGAAGGACGACCUUUGUUUACUCGAGCCGCCCCCACUUGUUGUACCUCCGGAAUUGCCCCUCCUCCACCAAAAUCGCUUCCUCUCAUUACUACACCACCACCGGCAUCGCCAGCAGCCUUUCAACAACACCAGGUCCAGGUCGCGCAGCACGCCGCACAUACAGCAGCACAAUGACCGCCGUCGCCGCUCCCAUUGACCAGUUGGUCAAGCAGGUCGAUGGCCUCAACCUCGACGCCGUCAAGGCCAAGUUCCCCGACACCUACCCGGACUUGAACCUCAUGGACCUCUACCGCGCCCACCUCGCCAACGUCCUGUCCGAGGUCACCGGCGUCGACACUGCCAUCAUCUACCCCAACCUCGGAUGGACUUCGGGUCUCGACAAGGGCGACAUUGCCCUGCCCGUCCCCUCGCUCAGGGUGAAGGGCAAGAAGCCAGACGAGCUCGCCCAGGAGUGGGCUGCCAAGUUCCCCGACACCGAUCCCCUCUUCACCAAGCCCACCGUUAGCCAGAUCCACCUCAGCUUCUUCGUCAAGGCUUCUCCCCUCGUCAACGCCGUUAUUCCCAUGGUCCAGCACAAGGGCGCCGAGUACGGUUUCAACAAGGCCGAUGGUCUCAAGGACCCCAAGGACCCCAGCAAGGGCCAGAAGCGCAUCAUUGUCGAGUUCUCCUCCCCCAACAUUGCCAAGCCUUUCCACGCCGGCCAUCUCCGUUCUACCAUCAUCGGUGGUUUCCUCUCCAACCUCUACGCCGGCGCUGGCUGGGAUGUCAUCCGUAUCAACUACCUUGGCGACUGGGGCAAGCAGUACGGUCUCUUGGCCCUUGCUUACGAGAAGUAUGGCGACGAGGAGGCCCUCCAGAAGGACCCCAUCAACCACCUCUUCCAGCUCUACGUCCGCAUCAACACCGAGAUGACCGCCGAGAAGGAGGAGCUCACCAAGCGCAAGGAGGCCGGCGAGGAUGUCUCUGCUCUCGAGGCCAACAGCUUGGAUGAGCAGGCUCGCCGCUACUUCAAGAAGAUGACGGACCGCGACGCCGAUGCCCUCGCCAUGUGGAAGCGCUUCCGUGACCUCUCCAUUGUUCGCUACAAGGACACGUAUGCCCGCCUCAACAUUCACUUCGACGAGUACUCGGGUGAAUCCCAGGUCUCCGAGGAGGCCAUGAACAAGGUCGGCAACCUCAUGGAGGAGAAGAAGAUCUGCAAGGAGGACAAGGGCGCUCAGCUCAUCGACUUCUCCGAGCUCGUUCCCGGCAAGGAGGGCAAGCGUCUCGAGAAGCCUCUUGUCAGGAAGAGGGACGGCACUGCCCUCUACCUUACCCGUGAUAUCUCUGAGCUCCUCGGCCGCCACGAAAAGUACAACUUCGACAAGAUGAUCUACGUCGUUGCUUCUGCUCAGGACCUCCACUUGAGGCAGCUGUUCAAGAUCAUCGAGCUCCUCGGCUACAAGGACAUUGCCGACAAGUGCCAGCACAUCAACUUCGGUCUCGUCCUUGGCAUGUCCACCCGCAAGGGUACCGUCAAGUUCCUGGACGACAUUCUCCGUGACGUCGCCGACAAGAUGCACGAGGUCAUGAAAAAGAACGAGAACAAGUACUCCCAGAUCGAGGACCCCUUGGCCACCGCCGAUGUUCUCGGUAUCUCGUCCGUCAUGGUCCAGGACAUGUCUGGAAAGAGAAUCAACAACUACACCUUCAAUAUGGAGACCAUGACCUCGUUUGAGGGUGACACCGGCCCGUACCUGCAGUACGCCCACGCUCGCCUCAAUUCCAUCAGGCGCAAGGCUGGCGUGUCCGACGAGGAGCUCGCCACUGCUGACCUGUCUCUCCUUACCGAGACCAGCGCCAUCAACCUGUGCCGCCACAUGGCCGGCUGGCCUGAUGUGGUCAAGAACACGCUCAAGACUCUCGAGCCCACCACUGUCCUUACUUACCUGUUCAAGUUGACGCACGCGCUCAGCAGCAGCUACGACCAGCUCCAGGUCGUCGGUAGCGAGCCUGAGUUGAUGAAGGCCCGUCUGGCCCUGUACACUGCUGUGCAGACUGUCCUGGCUAACGGCAUGCGCCUCAUUGGAUUGAGCCCUGUCGACCGUAUGUAAAAUGUAUGCGAUCAUCACUCAUCUUCACAGCGAGUAGCCGAACGUUGAUGUUUCCAACUUAUAUACCCAAUCUGAGAAGCAACGGUUCUGUUCAAAAUCAACGAAGAAAAGAAGGACGACGAGUUGCCCGACCGACGAAAUUAUGUUCCCCAACCAACAUCGCAAUGCACGCACAAAAUCAGUGUUUUGACAACUGUAUGCGCACAGUGUUCGGUGGAGUGGAAAAUGCAGCCUAACCGACAUCAGCUCACCUUGCAUCGCUUCCGCGCGUGCAACAUACGCAAAAGCAGAUGCAGAAGCAAGCGGAAGCAGCAUUGCGGUUGGACCCUCGCAGCGUGACCAACAUCAUGCUUGAUGACGAUUUGAAUGUCAAAGCUUAAGCAAGAAAGAAGAAGGAGAAAAGGCGUUGGGGGGGAGAAGGACUCAAAUCUUGGGAGUACGGUCUGGAUGAAAUGAAAAAAAAAGUUCAAGCAA